GCGAGUGAGCGAGCGAACGCCGGGGAGGGGGCCGGGAGCGAGGGGGCAGCUCGGGAGCAGCCGGAGCGGUAGCGGCGGCGGCGGCGGCGGCGAGGCUCGGCGCCCUCUUCUCUGCAAACCAUGUUUGCCAAAGGCAAAGGCUCGGCGGUGCCCUCGGACGGGCAGGCUCGGGAAAAGUUAGCUUUAUACGUCUACGAAUAUUUACUGCACGUAGGAGCACAGAAAUCUGCACAGACCUUCUUGUCGGAGAUUCGAUGGGAAAAAAACAUCACGUUGGGAGAACCGCCUGGGUUUUUGCACUCGUGGUGGUGCGUAUUUUGGGACCUUUACUGUGCAGCUCCUGAAAGGCGAGACACUUGUGAACAUUCAAGUGAAGCAAAAGCCUUUCAUGAUUACAGCGCAGCCGCCGCCCCGAGCCCCGUGCUUGGCAACAUUCCCCCCAACGAUGGGAUGCCGGGAGGCCCCAUCCCGCCAGGUUUCUUUCAGGGUCCUCCGGGGUCACAGCCCUCGCCGCACGCACAGCCUCCACCUCACAAUCCCAGCAGCAUGAUGGGACCCCACAGUCAGCCUUUUAUGUCACCGCGAUACGCAGGCGGCCCCCGGCCCCCGAUCAGAAUGGGAAACCAGCCUCCGGGAGGAGUUCCUGGGACACAGCCACUGCUGCCCAAUUCCAUGGAUCCCACGCGACAACAAGGGCACCCCAACAUGGGAGGAUCAAUGCAGAGAAUGAACCCUCCCCGAGGCAUGGGGCCCAUGGGGCCCGGCCCACAGAAUUACGGCAGCGGCAUGAGACCACCACCCAACUCCCUUGGCCCCGCCAUGCCCGGGAUUAACAUGGGCCCGGGAGCUGGCAGACCUUGGCCCAAUCCUAACAGUGCUAACUCAAUUCCAUAUUCCUCCUCAUCACCCGGCACCUACGUGGGACCCCCUGGUGGUGGCGGCCCCCCAGGAACACCCAUCAUGCCUAGUCCUGCAGAUUCAACAAAUUCCAGUGACAACAUCUACACAAUGAUUAACCCGGUGCCGCCUGGAGGCAGCCGGUCCAACAUACAAAGUGGUUGGACAUCUUUGGAGAGCUGGAAGCGAUUCCUACAGAUCCAAAAACCUGUGCACUUCCCGAUGGGUCCAGGCUCGGACGGCCCGAUGGGGGGCAUGGGUGGCAUGGAGCCACACCACAUGAACGGCUCGUUAGGGUCAGGUGACAUAGAUGGACUUCCAAAAAAUUCUCCUAACAACAUAAGUGGCAUUAGCAAUCCUCCAGGCACCCCUCGAGACGAUGGUGAGCUAGGAGGGAACUUCCUCCACUCCUUCCAGAACGACAAUUAUUCUCCAAGCAUGACGAUGAGUGUGUGAUCCCCCCUCCUCUUCUCUGAGACGCUGAGAGAGCCGGCAUUGCAGGCGGGAAGAUGCCAGAAAUUAUGCAAGAAGAAGUGAGGUGUCAUUACCCAGGAGCUGGGGGAGGGGCAUCUCCUGCUCCCCCUCAACCCUCCCCCUCCCCUCCCCCAACCUUUCUCAAUUUUAGUUUCAUGCAAUAAAAAGGCCGAACUUUUUAUUCCAUAAAACAUGAAGGACAAAACUCAAAAAUAUAUUUCAAGUCAAUGACCAGAAAAAUCCCACCCCUUGCCCUUUCCCAAAAGGACCUUUUAUGUACAUGACACAUUUUUGUUGUUUUUUGUUUGGGGUUUUACCGUUGUUGGGAUUUUUUUAAUUUGUUUUCAGGGGGGUUUUUUGGGGGAAAAAUUUUUAAAAAUGGAAGCUUCUAGCAAGCCCCCCCCGACCCCAAUCAACCUCUUUGCUUUCUUCUUUAAAAAAAAAAAAAAAAAAGGACAAAAAAAAAGCGAAAAACGAAAAACAAAAAACAAAAACCCAAGCCCUGUUGUCUGUCUGUACCCAAGCCCUUCCACCAGGAAAGCUAGUCUAGGUGUGAGAUCUCACCUGUCUUUGUAGCCAUCUAAAAAUAAUAAUAAUAAUUAUAAUAAACUGGGCAGUUUACAA